CCUGUCGGAUCAUACACGCUAAAGUGCGUUCAAGAGGAAUAAAAAUUGAGGGUCCACAUUUUAGCUUUAUCAUUUUUGGGUUUCGAAGAUACUUUUUAAAAGUAAGCAAACCAGUUAUGAGGCAUGUAAAACUUCUGAUUAUUAUACCGGCAUAGCAUAGACAUCCUCCUCGUUGCCCGAGUCCUGUGUUGUUGGAGUGUGCAGCAUGGCUGCUCGGCGCAUUCUCAAGGCUGUGCUGGUGGAUCUUAGUGGCACCCUCCAUGUAGAGGACACCGCUAUACCCGGGGCACAGGAGGCUCUGAAAAGACUGAGAGAGGCGCCAGUGACAUUGCGCUUUGUCACCAACACAACCAAAGAGUGCAAGAAAACCCUCCUGGAGCGUCUCCGGAAACUGAACUUUGAUAUCCAAGAAGAUGAGAUCUUCACAUCACUGACUGCCGCACGGAACCUUCUGGAGCAGAAGAAUGUGCGCCCCAUGCUCCUGGUGGAUGAUAGCGCUCUGCAUGACUUUGAAGGUAUAGCCACACACAGUCCCAAUGCGGUGCUGAUAGGAUUAGCUCCCGAACACUUCAACUAUGAAACCAUGAACAAGGCCUUCAGGUUGGUGCUGGACGGGGCCCCGAUCAUUGCCAUUCACAAGGCCAGAUACUAUAAGAAGAAAGAUGGAUUAGCCCUGGGCCCCGGGCCAUUUGUUACAGGCCUGGAAUAUGCCACGGACACUCAAGCCACGGUGGUGGGGAAGCCGGAGAAGACCUUCUUCCUGGAGGCCCUGAGGAGCACCGGGUGCAGCCCCGAGGAGGCCGUUAUGAUUGGGGAUGAUUGCAGGGACGACGUUGGUGGGGCACAGAAUACAGGGAUGCUUGGAAUACUUGUGAAAACUGGAAAAUAUAGAGCAGGGGAUGAAGGGAAAAUAGACCCAGCUCCAUAUGUCGUGUGUGACUCUUUCCCACAAGCAGUGGAUCAUAUACUGAAGAACUUGCUGUGAGAUGCCUCCCAAUAAACUGUAUGAUGAGAUAUAUAUAUAUAUAUAAUAUAUUUGUGUUACUGACAGCAGGGAUAGGAAUAAAGCUGUCUGUGAAUUCUCUUGUGUAAUGUUCAUAUUCAGCAAGACUCGCUGUUCUGACUCAUGAAUAUAAAUAGGACUCAUGUACAGGGUUACUCUAUAACAGAGAUGUGACUUGGACCAGAAGCCUUUGACAACUGAUCAGCAGUUUGUUGCUUAAAGUGCAGUUGAAUUAGAGUAUUGAUAAGCGAAUAUCUGAUUAUAAUAUCCAAUAAAAGAUAAGCUAAAAACUGA